CUAGUCUACAGUUUUGGCACUGGUGUGGGGAUCAAACACUACCGCUGCUACUGCUGUUUUUUUGUCUUGUAUCCGUGUCAAAAUGUCCUAUAACUACGUGGUGACGGCGCAGAAGCCCACGGCCGUGAAUGCCUGUAUCACCGGUCACUUCACGUCUGCAGAGGAUUUAAACCUGCUCAUAGCCAAAAACACUCGUCUGGAGAUCUAUGUGGUAACAGCAGAGGGGCUGCGGCCCGUCAAAGAGGUGGGCAUGUACGGAAAGAUCGCAGUUAUGGAACUCUUCAGGCCCAAGGGUGAGAGCAAAGACCUGCUGUUCAUCUUGACGUCCAAGUAUAACGCCUGCAUUCUGGAGUACAAACAAAAUGGAGACAGCAUUGACAUAAUCACACGCGCCCACGGGAAUGUACAGGAUCGUAUUGGCCGUCCCUCAGAGACAGGCAUCAUUGGGAUAGUGGACCCAGAGUGUAGGAUGAUUGGUCUGCGUCUGUACGACGGCCUGUUUAAAGUCAUCCCUCUGGACCGCGACAACAGAGAACUCAAAGCCUUCAACAUCAGACUGGAGGAGCUCCAGGUGAUCGAUGUGCAGUUCCUGUACGGAUGCCCCGCCCCCACCGUCUGCUUCAUCUACCAGGAUCCACAGGGACGUCACGUCAAAACCUAUGAGGUCUCACUGAGGGAGAAGGAGUUCAACAAAGGACCCUGGAAACAGGAGAAUGUGGAGGCCGAGGCUUCUAUGGUCAUCCCAGUGCCAGAGCCAUUUGGAGGCGCUAUAAUCAUAGGACAAGAGUCUAUCACAUACCACAAUGGAGACAAGUACUUGGCCAUCGCUCCACCCACCAUCAAGCAAAGCACUAUCGUGUGUCACAACCGUGUGGACCCCAACGGCUCACGCUACCUGCUGGGAGACAUGGAGGGCCGUCUCUUCAUGCUGCUGCUGGAGAAGGAGGAGCUGAUGGAUGGGACUGUGGCUCUUAAAGACCUGCACGUGGAGCUGCUCGGAGAGACGUCCAUCGCAGAGUGCCUGACGUACCUAGACAACGGGGUGGUGUUUGUCGGCUCUAGACUGGGCGACUCUCAGCUAGUCAAGCUGAACGUGGACAGUAAUGAUCAGGGCUCGUUUGUCACCGUCAUGGAGACCUUCACCAACCUGGGGCCCAUUGUGGACAUGUGCGUGGUGGACCUGGAGAGACAAGGCCAGGGACAGCUGGUGACGUGCUCCGGCGCAUUCAAAGAGGGCUCUCUCCGCAUCAUCCGCAACGGCAUUGGGAUUCACGAACACGCCAGCAUCGACCUGCCCGGAAUUAAAGGUUUGUGGCCGCUGCGCUCGGAGGCGGGCAGGGAGACGGACGACAUGCUGGUGCUGUCCUUUGUGGGCCAGACGCGAGUCCUGAUGCUGAGUGGGGAGGAGGUGGAGGAGACAGAGCUGCCGGGCUUCGUGGACAACCAGCAGACCUUUUACUGCGGCAAUGUGGCGCACCAGCAACUCAUUCAGAUCACGUCAGGUUCGGUGCGACUGGUGCUCCAGGACAGUAAGGCCCUGGUGAGUGAAUGGAAGGAGCCCCAGGGGAGGAACAUCAGCGUGGCUGCCUGUAACCACACACAGGUGGUGCUCGCCGUGGGACGGGCGCUCUAUUACCUGCAGAUUCUAGCCGGGGAGCUCAAACAGAUCAGCACCACGGAGAUGGAGCAUGAGGUGGCCUGCCUGGACAUCACUCCUCUGGGGGAGCCGGGCAGUGAGUCGCCCCUGUGCGCCGUGGGACUGUGGACAGACAUAUCCGCGCGCGUGCUCAAGCUGCCUUGCUUCACCGCCCUGCACAAGGAGAUGCUGGGAGGAGAGAUCAUCCCCCGAUCCAUCCUCAUGACCACAUUUGAGGGCAGCUACUACCUGCUGUGCGCGCUGGGAGACGGGGCGCUCUUCUACUUCGGACUGGAUCUCAGCACUGGGGCCCUCAGCGAGCGCAAGAAGGUGACACUGGGCACCCAGCCCACUGUGCUUAGGACCUUCAGAUCUCUGUCCACCUCCAACGUGUUUGCCUGCUCUGACCGGCCCACCGUCAUCUACUCCUCCAACCACAAGCUGGUCUUCUCCAACGUCAACCUGAAGGAGGUCAACUACAUGUGCCCUCUCAACUCCGAGGGCUAUCCCGACAGUCUGGCUCUGGCUAACAACAGCACCCUGACCAUCGGCACCAUAGAUGAGAUCCAGAAGCUGCACAUCCGCACAGUGCCUCUGUACGAGUCUCCCAGGCGGAUCUGUUACCAAGAGGUGUCUCAGUGUUUCGGAGUGCUGUCGAGCCGCGUGGAGAUCCAGGAUGUGAGCGGGACCACGUCUGCUGUGAGGCCCAGUGCAAGCACCCAGGCCCUCUCCAGCAGUGUGAGCUCCAGUAAACUGUUCCCCAGCAGCACCUCUCCCCAUGAGACCUCCUUCGGAGAGGAGGUGGAGGUGCACAGCCUGCUGGUGGUCGACCAGCACACCUUUGAAGUCCUCCAUGCACAUCAGUUCCUGCCCAGUGAGUACGCCCUGAGCAUGGUGUCGUGUCGCCUGGGGAAGGAUCCGGCUGUCUACUUCAUCGUGGGCACAGCCAUGGUGUACCCGGAGGAGGCCGAGCCCAAGCAGGGGCGCAUCAUCGUCUUCCACUACACAGACGGUAAGCUGCAGACGGUUGCAGAGAAGGAGGUGAAGGGGGCGGUCUAUUCCAUGGUGGAGUUCAAUGGCAAAUUGCUGGCCAGUAUCAAUAGCACGGUUCGACUGUACGAGUGGACCGCGGAGAAGGAGCUGAGGACAGAGUGCAACCACUACAACAACAUCAUGGCCCUGUACCUGAAGACCAAGGGAGACUUCAUCCUGGUGGGAGAUCUGAUGAGGUCGGUGCUGCUCCUCGCCUACAAACCCAUGGAGGGCAACUUUGAGGAGAUUGCACGCGACUUCAACCCCAACUGGAUGAGCGCCGUGGAAAUCCUGGACGACGACAACUUCCUGGGAGCAGAGAAUGCCUUCAACCUGUUGUGCCAGAAGGACAGCGCGGCCACCACAGAUGAGGAGAGGCAGCACCUGCAGGAGGUGGGGGUGUUCCACUUGGGGGAGUUUGUCAACGUGUUCUGUCACGGUUCUCUGGUGCUGCAGAACCUGGGCGAGAGCUCCACCCCCACACAGGGCUCCGUGCUCUUCGGGACGGUCAACGGCAUGAUCGGCCUGGUGACCUCUCUAUCCGAGGGCUGGUACAGUCUGCUGCUCGACCUGCAAAACCGCCUCAACAAAGUCAUCAAGAGCGUGGGCAAGAUCGAACACAGCUUCUGGAGGUCUUUCCACACGGAGAGAAAGACGGAGCAGGCCACAGGCUUCAUUGACGGAGACCUCAUCGAGAGCUUCCUGGACCUCGGACGGGCAAAGAUGCAGGAGGUGGUCAGCACACUACAGAUCGACGACGGCAGCGGGAUGAAGCGCGAGGCGACGGUGGACGAGGUCAUCAAGAUCGUCGAGGAGCUGACCAGGAUCCACUAGCCCCGCCCCCUCCCAUCAAUCAAAACCACCCACUCAGAACGCCUCCUCUGCCUCCUCCUCUUCCUCCUCCUCCCGCCCGCCCCCUCACACGGCCCGACGGACUCUAACAGCGACGAAUGGGCUCCACCCGACGGAUUGUAAAUAAUAAUACUCGCGGAGAAACAGAACACGACAGCACCGUCCUUCCGGCUCCAGCGCUCGGGAAGAUUGUGUUUUAGACGUUUUAGAAUUUUUUUAAAACAUCACAUGGAGGGCAGAGGCGAUACGGGUUCAGUUUUCGAAAGAAAUAACCGAAAAUUCACUAACGCUGAUCUCUACGCGAAGCUUGGGUUCGGCAAACUCGCUGUAGAGUCGCUAAAAGUGCACUGUGUAACUUUUCCGUUUGAGGGUCCGUCACAUCCUUUUCUCUUUGGAAAUGUUUUUGUUUCAUCUGGAAUGUUUCACAGUAUGGCAAUAAACCUUUCUAUCUUCAUGGAGACCAAACCGGGAUAAGUUACAGGUCAGAUCUGUGGAGAGGCGACCCCGUUCAUAGUCAGAACGCCUGUUUUUCUAGGUAUUUUCGAGCUAUAAAACCAAUAAUUGUAAUUGGAUAAAUGUAAGGUAGAGCUGUUUAAUGUCAGACUGUGGAACAUUCCAGGCAGAGCAGUGACGUAUCCAUAGAAACAAGCACGUGACGAACCUCCAAUCAAAGUUAUGCAGUGAAAAAAAAGAAAAAAAAGCUAGAAAUCAGCGGUGAAGUAGCCGUUUCGUCCCGGAAGUGGCAUCAUCAUCAUCAACAACUCAACUGCUCUGACUGAAAAAUAGUUUAAUUUUGUAGUUACCCAAUUUAAAUUUCGUUUUAUUUUGUUCUUUCUUCUUUUUUUUAACAACCAUAUCAAAAUAUCUGCAAUUUCACACAAUUUCACACCAAAACUAUAAUUAAACUUCCAUUUUGCAGAUGCUCUGACCUAGUUUAUGAUUAAUAACUAUAAUUACUGGGCCUAUCCACAUGAACCGUGCAUGGCAAAAAUAAACUUUCUGGAAUUAUUUUGGUAUCGUAUUUAAAGAGGGGGUAUUGUGCAAAAUCGAGCCUACAUCACCCACGCACGCACUCGACGAUUCUCCGUAAAUACACCAAAGCAUGAUAAAAACCUGAUGUGAAGUGUAGUAUUUUUUUUAGUUUUUGAGAAUGUUUUCGGCAAAUAUAGGAUUUUCAAAACAAUAAAAAGUAACGUAGUGCUCUAAAUCCAGUAUGUGUUCGCUGUUAAUACCCCAUGGAAGUAAAAUACCCCCUCUUUAAUCAAACCGACAUGAUUGGCGUGAGUUGAAAUGACAAACCCUGACCCCAAAAACAAUGAAAUACCCAAAGAUAAUAAUGCCUUUUGCCCUCCAUUUGAAGUUUGAAAAUUGUACAAAAUGAACACAACCUAUUCCUGAGCCCCGGAGGUUUUCCAAGCUGUGGAGCGCGGCCUCUUAGCCUCUCGAUCGGACUACGAAAAGACCAAACUUGUGGUCUAAGCGUGCGUGUGGAAUAAUACUUAGUUCACCUGUACAAGCCCAUCUGUGAGCGUUCCAGUUUAUAGGGAGACAUUUUCAGGAUCUGUCUGGAGAAAUGUGAAAAGUUUGAAAAUGAGGAUGACAAAAACAACAACAGAUUUAUAGCUAUUUUGUCUUUGUGAUGUUUCCUUUGUUUAUUUGAAUAAACUGCUUUAGUACUGUU